AUGGUGAUGUGGAACCCCCAGUUGGUUAAGGUGAUCACAUGCCAGGUGAAUUCACAGGCAAUACAUAGCAGGAUCAAAUGUCAGAUUACUUCAAAUGAAUUCAUAGUUAGCUUCAUUUAUGGAUUUAACUCUCUAGUGAAAAGGAGAGAUAUGUGGAGGGAUCUAAUUCAGAUGGGAAGUGUUGUCUCAGGGCCAUGGCUACUGUUGGGAGAGUUCAACUAUGUCAUGUGUUCUGAGCAGAAAAGAAAUCGUAUUCCUCCCUCAGAAUAUGAGAUUAAGGAUAUAAGGGACUUCUCUAAUGAAGUAAGAUUAUGUGACUUAAAAUCUAAAGGAAAUUGGCUUACUUGGACCAAUGGUAAAGUUUGGUGCAAGCUUGAUCAUGUUGUGGUGAAUCAAGAUUGGAAAGGAACUGGGGAAAAUACCUUUAAAUUCUUCAAUAUGUGGAAGAACCAUGAGAACUUUAAGAGCACUAUUGAUCUAGCUUGGAAUCUGAAAGUUGAUGGUCACUACCAAUUCAGACUGGUAAAGAAACUACAAUCACUGAAAACUCCACUUAAGGCUCUUAACAAGCUUCAUUUUUCUCAUAUCUCCUCAAGAGCUGAAAGAGCUAGUGAGGAACUGAAUGAGAUUCAGGAAAGGUUACAUAAGGAGCCAAUGAAUUUAGAGUUGCAGAGGGAUUUGGGUGACAAGAGGAAACAAGCAGUUAUGCUUGAAGAAGCCAGUAGGCAGUUCCUUGCUCAGAUGGCUAAGAGUAAUUAUUUGAAAAACUGUGAUAGGGGCUCAGCCUGCUUCCAUGCUAUUUUGAAAAGAAGAAGUGCUCGGAAUCAUAUUGUUGCAAUCACCAAACAGAAUAGGGAGUUGACUGAAUCCUUUGAAGAAGUGGCAAAUGAAUUUGUGGAUUUUUACAUGCAGCUUCUGGGUGAGGGGCAGAAUUGUUCCAGAAUAGACGAGCAGGUACUCCUGAGAGGGCCAGUGUUGAAAGAUAACAUUGCUACACUUAUGGUGGCUCUUGUAACUGAUGAGGAAGUGAAGAAUGCUAUUUUUAAUAUUGAUGAAAGAAAAUUUCCAGGUCCUGAUGGGUUUUCAUCUGGAUUUUUCAAGGAAUCUUGGGGCAUUGUGGGUAGGGAUGUGGUCGAUUCAGUUAUUUUGUUACUUCAAGGAGAGGAAGGGGCUGAGGCAUGGGGACCCACUAUCUCCUUUGCUCUUUGUCUGGAAUACUUGUCAAGGAAACUGAGGACACUUGAAGGGAAAUUUUAUUUCAGGGGGGACUCUGUCUCAGUUAAACUUCAAAUGGAUUGCUUGUCUAAAUUUUACAAAUGCUCAGGGCUCUCAGCUAACAACCAUAAAUCAAGUUUGUAUCAGACAGGAAUCAAGAAGCAGAAUCUGGAGGAGAUUUUGAGGUUGAUAGGAUUCAAUCUUGGUGAGUUCCCCUUUAGAUAUCUGGGUAUCCCCCUGCUGGCAUCCAGAUUAAACUCUGUCCACUACAGUCCAGUGAUUGUGAAGCUUUGCAGGGCAUUCUUAUGGGGUGGUAGAAAAAAACCACUUGUAGCUUGGCAUGAUCUCCGUGUUCCUAAAUUAGAAGGGGGUCUGGGGAUUCUUGAUUUGAGUUCAAGGAACAAAGCACUACUGACAAAAGCUCUAUUGAAUGUUCAUUCGAAGAAGGACUCCCUGUGGUCGAAAUGGGUACACCAUGUGUAUUUAAGAGAUUUCUCUAUCUGGGAAGUGGCUGCAAAGAAGGAGGAUUCUAACUUGUUCAAAAAACUGGUAGAAGUCAGAGACCUUUUAGCUGGAAAAUGUGGCAGCUUGGAUAAUGCUCUGGAAUUGAUGAGAAAAUGGGAUCUGGACUCCCAUCAGUACUACGAAUUCUAG